CUCGGAAAGCUCCGACCACAAUCUCCGAUAAAUAUCCCCUUCCGCCUAUCGAAUCCUCCCAAGUCCCAAACCCAAAAAUCAACUUGAGUCGCUAUUACAGUAUCAGCCAUGGCGAUCCUCUCCGACAUCGACGAAACGCAGACCAACCCAAUUCCCAACUCCCCUCCGCCGGAGAAGAAGGAGGAACCCACUUCUCUUCUUCCGAACGCCGGCAAUGGACUCGAUUUGGAGAAGUAUUCGUGGGGGCAGAGCCUUCAAGAGGUAACGAUCACUGUCCCAGUCCCUCCCGGGACGAAAUCGAAGCAGAUUUCGUGCGAGAUCAGGAAGAAGUCUCUGAAGCUCGGGCUCAAUGGCGAGCCGACGAUGAUUAUCGACGGCGAACUGUUGGGUCCAGUGAAAGUGGGCGAGUCUUUCUGGCAAUUGGAAGAUCAGAAGACGGUCUCUGUUUUGCUGACGAAAUCGGACGACAAGAAUUGGUGGAAGUCGCUGGUGAAGGGAGGGCCGGAGAUUGAUACGCAGAAGGUGGAGCCGGAGCCCAGCAGGCUGAGUGAUUUGGAUCCAGAGUUGAGGUCGACGGUGGAGAAGAUGAUGUUCGACCAGCGCCAGAAGCAGAUGGGUCUCCCUUCCAGCGACGAGAUUCAGCAGCAAGAACUCCUCAAGAACUUUGAUUUCUCCAAGAUGAAGAGGGUCGACAAAUUCACCAAUAUGCCUUAGAAUUUCCCUUUCUUUGCGCUAAGUUAGUAUGUAAGGUAUUCGUUAGAAAAU